UCUAUUGCUCCAUGUUUCCCCUGGUUCUCCUUAUCCUCCCACUGUUACCACCAACACCAAAACUCUAUAUAAAUGCUAACAACCCCGGUAUUAUCAUCAUUCUCAGCUCAACACAACAAUCACUUCUUGGUUACUACUCAAAAGGACUUUUUGCAAGUUCAAUCUCCACAAAUUUUCAAAAGAAGAAGAAAAAUCUAUAUAUAUCAGACAUGGGUUCAACAAGCAAAGCUUCAUGGAUGGUGGCAGUUAGUGUCGGUGCAGUGGAAGCACUCAAGGACCAAGGUAUUUGCAGAUGGAACUCUACCUUCAGGUCUCUUCACCAACGUGCCAAGAACAACAUGGGAUCUUUUUCUCAAACCAGAAGGAUGUCUUCUUCUUCUUCUUCUUCUUCUUCUUUAGAGACAAGGAAAAUUGAAGAAGUUGAGCAUAGGGCAAAGCAAUCAGAGGAAUCUCUCAGAAAAGUCAUGUACUUAAGCUCUUGGGGGCCCUAUUAGCAACCCAUCCUCUACUAAGUUUUUUUAAAGAAUGUUUUUAUUCCAAGAUGUUAAAUUUGGAA